UGGAGAAAGCAAACAGAAAUAAAACAGUAGAUCUGAUGGUUGAGAAAUAUUGUGAAGACGCUGUUAAAGUGACCAUAAGGAUUUUCAAGGAGAUGAAUAAAAAUGAUCUAGUGAAGCAUCUGCCCAACCUCCCAGAACCUAAAGAGGUUCUUGCUGAAGCAGAGGAGAGUGAUAGACCUGGUGAGAUGGAGAAAGAACAGACAGACUCAGAGAAGAAGAGAGAGGAUCCCCCUCUGACCUCUGACUCAAGACCUCCAGGUGAUUCCCAAAAACCUGAACAAACCCAACAGACAGACUCAGAGAAGAAGAAAGAAGAUCCCCCACUGACCUCUGGUCCAAGUGGACCUCCAGAAACUCAUCUCAAAUGCAAACACACAUUAAAAACCAAUCUGAAGAAAAGGUUUCAGAAAGUGUUAGAAGGACUUUCAAAAGCAGGAAAAAUCCCUCUGAAUCAGAUCUACACACCGCUCUACAUCACAGUGGGAUGGACUGCAGAGGUCAAUGAUGAACAUGAAGUCAGACAGAUUGAAACAGCAUCCAGGAAACCAGACAGACCAGAAACAACAAUCAGACAAGAAGACAUCUUUAAAGCCUCAUCUGGAAGAGAUGAACCAAUCAGGACAGUGAUGACAAAGGGAGUGGCUGGCAUUGGGAAAACAGUCUUAACACAGAAGUUCACUCUGGACUGGGCUGAAGACAAAGCCAACCAGGACAUAGACUUCACAUUUCCAUUCACUUUCAGAGAGCUGAAUGGGCUGAAAGAGAAAAAGUACAGCUUGGUGGAACUUGUUCAUCACUUCUUUACUGAAACCAAAGAAGCAGGAAUCUGCAGGUUUGAAGAGUUCCAGGUUGUGUUCAUCUUUGACGGUCUGGAUGAGUGUCGACCUCCUCUGGACUUCCACAACACUGAGAUCCUGACUGAUGUUACAGAGUCCACCUCAGUGGAUGUGCUGCUGACAAACCUCAUCAGGGGGAAACUGCUUCCCUCUGCUCGCCUCUGGAUAACCACACGACCUGCAGCAGCCAAUCAGAUCCCUCCUGAGUGUGUCGGCAUGGUGACAGAGGUCAGAGGGUUCACUGACCCACAGAAGGAGGAGUACUUCAGGAAGAGAUUCAGAGAUGAGGAGCAGGCCAGCACCAUCAUCUCCCACAUCAAGACAUCACAAAGCCUCCACAUCUUGUGCCACAUCCCAGUCUUCUGCUGGAUCACUGCUACAGCUCUGCAGACCAUGAAGAGCAGUAAGAUUGGAGAGCUGCCCAAGACCCUGACUGAGAUAUAUAUCCGCUUUGUGGUGCUUCAGUCCAAAGUCAAGAACAUCAAGUAUGAUGGAGGAGCUGAGACAGAUCCACACUGGAGUCCAGAGAGCAGGAAGAUGAUUGAGUCUCUGGGAAAACUGGCUUUUGAGCAGCUGCAGAAAGGCAACCUGAUCUUCUAUGAAUCAGACCUGACAGAGUGUGGCAUCGAUAUCAGAGCAGCCUCAGUGUGCUCAGGAGUGUUCACAGAGAUCUUUAAAAAGGAGGACUGUGGGCUGUUGCAGGUGUUCUGCUUCGUCCAUCUGAGUGUUCAGGAGUUUCUGGCUGCUCUUCAUGUCCAUCUGACAUUCAUCAAGUCUGGAGUCAAUCUGCUGGCAGAACAACAAACAACAUCCUGGUGGUCUAAAGUCUUUAAAAGCAAAUCUGAACCUGAAUCAACACGUUUCUACCAGAGUGCAGUGGACGAGGCCUUGAAGAGUCCAAAUGGACACCUGGACUUGUUCCUCCGCUUCCUCCUGGGUCUUUCACUGCAGACCAAUCAGCCUCUCCUACAAGAUCUGCUGACACAUACAGGAAGUAGCUCACAGACCAAUCAGAAAACAGUGGAGUACAUCAAGAAGAUGAUCAGUGAGAAUGUGUCUGCAGAGAGAAGCAUCAAUCUGUUCCACUGUCUGAAUGAACUGAAUGAUCGUUCUCUAGUGGAGGAGAUCCAACAGUACCUGAGAUCAGGAAGUCUCUCCACAGAUAAACUGUCUCCUGCUCAGUGGUCAGCUCUGGUCUUCAUCUUACUGUCAUCAGAAAAAGAUCUGGACGUGUUUGACCUGAAGAAAUACUCUGCUUCAGAGGAGGCUCUUCUGAGGCUGCUGCCAGUGGUCAAAGCCUCCAACAAAGCUCUGUAA